CCGGUUUGCUCCGGCGCUCACCCGACGCGGACGCGACGACGGCGUCGAGCGCUGCCCGAACACGUUCUUCGAGGGCCUCACAUCGCGGCGUGUGCAGCCAUGGUCGACGAGAUGGAUGCGGAGACGAUGCGACUCAUGCUGGACCAGGUCCUGAAGGAAAAUCAGCAGCUUAAGGCGGAGAUUGCGGACGUCCGGACGAGCAAAAAGUCAAUGAAGAAGCUCCAGCUCCUGCCCGACCUGGACCUGGGCAAGGGCUCCGCGACGCGGUCCCUGCGCACGCCGUCCGUCGCGUCGGCGACGGCGCCGUCGCGGCGCAUUCCCCUCGGCGGCAGCAAGCUGCGGCCGGCACCGCUCCGACGGCGCCGGUCGCAUGACGACGACAUCGCGGCGGCGUCCCCCCCGCGGGCCAGCCGCCGGCGGUCGCGGACGGCGCCGGCCGCGGAACCCGACGACGGCCCGCUCGACCUCGACGGCGAACUGCGAAGGCUCGACCGGCGAGAGAAGGCACUGGCGACGGCCGCGGCGCGGCCGCGCAAGUCGCGCCGCGCCGUGCAAGCGGCGCCGCCUCCGGCGCGCGAAACGGCCACGCGGCUCUUCGCGUGCGGCGUCCGGGACGUCGCCGAUCCGGCGGCGGCUCCGGGGGACGGCGGGCCGGCGUACGUGACGUGGCUCGCGGGCCUCGACCUCGACGAGGACGGCGGCGGCGAGAUGGACCCCGCGGGCGACUUCCUGUGCGCCGUCGCCGCGGCGGAGAGCGCCACUAUCGCGGUCGCGGCCGACGGGCGCCUCGUCGGCUGGGGCGGCGGCCCGAUCUUCCGGCACGGCGCCCGCGGCCACGCGCCGCGCGCCGUCGUCCAGAAGACGCUCGGCGGCCUGCGGCGAGCGCGGCUUGUCGCCUGCGGUCCGCGCCACGCCGUCGUCGCGCUCGCCGACGGGACGGUGUUCACCUGGGGCGCGGGCGCGCGCGGGCGGCUCGGGCACGGCGACUGCCGCGGCCAGACUGCGCCGAAGCGCGUCGAGGGCCUGCCCGACGGCGGGAUCAUCAGCGUCGCGGCCGGCGGCGCGCACACGGCGGUCGUCGUCGCGGCGGCCGGCCAGGCGGCGGGCGCCCUUUACAUUUGGGGCGACGACCGCGGCGGGCAGCUGGGCCAGGGCUCCGGCGAGGACGAUGACCAGCCGGUCAAGCGCGAGACGCGCAAGGCCGCGAUUCCAAAGCAGAACGACGCCGACUUUUCGACGGCUCCGGCGGCGGUCGAGUUCUUCCAGUGGCGCGGGGCUCUGAUCCGGCACGUCGCGUGCGGCCUGCACCACACGCUCGCCGUGGCCUGGGAGCCGGCCAGCGCGGGCGCGGGCGUCGUCGUCGCGCGGCUCUACGCGUGGGGCUUUGGCGACCGUGGCCGCCUCGGCACGGGCGCCACGGGCGCGCAGAAACUGCCAGCACGCGUCUUGCUGCCGAUCUGCGACGAUCCGCAUUCCGGGCAUGUCGUCGCGGCGGCGGGCGGCGACCAGCAUUCUCUCGCGCUGCUCAGCGACGGCCGCGUCUACGCGUUUGGGGACAACGAGCACGGGGCCCUCGGCCUCGGGCGCGCAUCGGAUCGGCCGGUGGAGUUACCGGAAGGCGUCGCGCUGCCCUUUCGGAGUGGCGGCGCCGUGCGCGUGAGCUGCGGCGCGCGGCACUCGGCCUGCGUGACGGCCUCGGGUGCGGUGCUCAUGUGGGGCUUUUCCGACGAGGGUCAGCUCGGUCUCGGACCCGAAGUUGCCUCGCUCAUGUCGACGCGGCGCGACGUGACGGCCAGCCCGCUCGAGUCGCCGCUGAUGAGCGAGCAGCCCGGGAAGUGGGGCGCCGAGGACGUCGCGCUCGGCGUCAGGCAUACCGUCGUCCUGUAUAGAAAUCAGAGCGCCAAGGUCUCGGGCCGCUACCUCUCGGACGCGGCCUUUGGCGACGCGGAUCGCAUCGCGGCUGCCGCGGUCGUGGUCGUCGCACCGACGACCCGCGACGACUUUGGCGGCCAGGAGGAAGAAGUCGUCAUUAGCCCCGUGCUCGCGCCGCCCGACGACGCGAGCGAAGGCCCGACGCCCGAGCAGCUCAUGCCGAACCUUUCGGCGCUUCGGUCGCGCAUCGAGGCCAAGAAGAAGCGGGACGAGCAAGAGGCAAGCGCCGCGCGGACGCGGUCGGCCCACGCUUCCGCGCGGGAAGAACUGAACAAGUUCGAGCGGCUCUUCGCGCGAAUGGAGGUCGAGCGGCCGCGCCCCGCGCCGCCGUCGCCGCCACCAUCACCCCCGGAGCCCGAGCCGGCGCCCGAGGCGCCGCCGUCGCCGCUGCCGAAGCUCAGCCCGAAGCCAGCCGUGUCGUGGGGCGGCAUCUUCUACGACGACCGCGUCGGGGACAUUGACGAGUCGCUCAAGAUCAGCCACGCGGCGCGGCGCGCGCGAAGCCGGCAGCAGCGGCGCUCGGGCGACGCGUCGCCCGCCGAGGAUCCGAUCGCUGCCGUCUGUCGACAAGUGCGGAUGUUCGGGGAGGCGGCUUCAUCAUCUUCUCCGGCUCGUGGUCGUAAGUAGUCUUGAAUUUGC